AUGGACAUCCUUCAAGCCCACUCAGAAAAAACAUCCCAACUCUACGCGGACCCGCACAAUCCUCAUCGCCACCUCUCCCGCGGCCUCAUCAACCACGAACUCGGAUUCUCCGAUCUAGCGGCCGCAGAUGCAUACCGUGCGCUGUCGUUGCUAGAAUCAGUGGUUGAUCCGGAUGGGUGUGAGUUCCAUGCGAGGCGAGUUGAUGCAUCUCGGACUGAGAAAGAUGAUGAAGAGCACGAGGAUGACGGCGUGCCCAUAACGCAGGAAGAAUACGACCAGAUCAUUGGAGAUGUGUAUGCCUUGCUUGUGCGCAGCUUGGUGAAUGUUGGAUGUUUCCGGGAUGCGUUUGAUUUCUGUACUAGAGGGUUGGAGGAGCUGCGGGCUAAGUCUGUCGACAAGAAUGUUGAGGUGCUCGAGGAGCAGAUGGGGGUUAUUAGGAAGUUUUAUGUUGAACGGACGAAGCGCAACGAUGCUGAGAUUGAUGCGAGUGCUCUUCCUGCUCAAGGAUUUGCUAGACGAGUGUUGUAUCCCUGGAACAAGCAUGAGCCUGAUCGCAAGGCGCCAGAGGAGUUGAAUCUCCUGAACGAGCGGUUGAAAGACGUCGCGCCAAAGUGUGAGGUGCGUGCUGUCGCAUUGCCCGUUUUGCACGGCGAGAAGCAAAACGCCGAGGGCAAAACCGAAGGAGAGGAAGUCUCGAUCCAACUAGGCCUCUUCGCCAAAGAAGACAUCCCAGCCGGAGACAUCAUCCUCCGCGAAUCCUCAAUGCUCACAGCCACCAACCGCCUCCAUGACGACCUCUGCGACGCCUGUAAUGCAUCACUCCCCUCUCUCGAAUCUACAUCCACGGAUUCCGGCCCAAUACCCUGCCAAGGCUGCGACGACACAGACACCAUCUUCUGCAGCCAGACCUGCCACGAUCAGGCGCAGGAAACCUACCACGGCGCCGUCUGCGGCCUCCUCGAAGGUCUCGAGUCCAUCGGCAAAGACAUCCCCGAUCCAAAGGAUAAAGCAGACUACCUCUACCUCCUCCUGCUAGGCCGCGCGGUCGCCAUGGCCGCCACGCAGGAGAAACACCCCCUCGACCUCCCCGAGGUCAAGUACAUCUGGGGCGACUUCCACGAUUACAAACCCGCAAACCCGACGCAAGUCAGCGACGAGGAAAAGAGUCUCCCCUUCUCCUUUCACCUUAACAUCCUCCAACCAAUGCGCAUCAUCGAGGAGAUGACACUGGACCCCUACGUUACCCUCCCAACCUACGACACCUGGGUUCUGAACACGCUCUACGCUAAAUUUCGGGGUACCGCGUCGGGAAGGUUAUCGACGUGGGACGGCGGGCCGGAGCUAUGCGCUGUGCAUCCGCUGUGGUGCUUGGCGAAUCAUUCGUGUGAUCCGAAUGUGCGGUGGGAGUGGGGAGGGGAGAUUACGUUUAGUGUUAGGGGGGUUGGGGAAAGGGCUCUUUGGAAGCCUGCUAAGCCGGAGACAGAGGCUGGGGAUGGUGAGGGGAAGUUUGAUGGGAUUAGGAAGGACCAGGAGAUUUUGAACCAUUAUUGUGAUAUUGGGUUGGAUGUUAAGGAGAGGAGAGAGUGGGCUAGAGGGGCCCUUGGUGGAAUAUGUUUGUGUUCGAGGUGUAUGUGGGAGGCAGGUUCUUAA